CUAUUUAUUUCUGUUCCUAACAUUUGCUCCAUUGUGCGCAGGCUCCAACUCUCUUCUCCAUUCAAUUUUUUAUUUUGCUAGGGAAUUUUUUGCUUCUAAAUGUCAUUGCGCGGAAGUUUUAUUUGCUCAAUCAUAUAAGGAACAGAUCUAUAACAUCUACGCUACAAGUUCUGAUUCUAACCUAAAGUCCUUUACGCGAAAGAAAUAUCAUUUUAAAAUUGUGUAUUUAUCUCAUUAUUCAAAGAAAAAUAUAUUUUUUAUGACAGUAAUAUGAUGAAACAUGAUAGCAACAAAACGAAAGAAUCUAUGACGAAAGACAUCGUGACUAUAAUAAAAACAACACAAAAUGAUGGUAGCAAUUUAAGAAAAGAAUUGGAGAAUGAAGACAUCUCUAAAGUACACAAGGAUGAAAACAUUGAGAAUGAAAUAAGAACAGAACAAGAUGAAGAAGACAAUUCAAAGAAAGAAUUAAAAAAUAAGGAUAUCUGUAAAAUAAAACAUAAGGAUGGAGAUAUUGAAAAUGGGAUGAAUAGGAAAAAUGAGGAACAAAAUGAGGAUAGCAAUUCAACAGAAGAAUCUAUGAAUGAAGAUACUUGUGAAGUAAAAUGUAAGGAUAAAAAUAUUGAUAAUGAGAUAGAUAUAUUACAGAAUAAAAGUGGUGAUAUUAAAAAAGCAUUGAAAAAUAAAUACAAUCAUAUAGUUGAUUCCGAAGAUGAAGGUGUGGAAGAAGAAAAUUAUAGUGAAGUAACAUACUUAGCACGUCAAAUGGCAUCGACAGAAAGAUUAUGUCAAGCAGAAGCAGUACAAUUAUAUAAUUUACAUGUAAAAUUGAGACAUACAGUGCCACCACAGCAUAAGAUUGAAACACGAGCUGGGUCCCAUAUACCAACGCGAAAGGAAAUCGAAAAGUUUAGAAAAAUAAUACCAAUCAGGAAAGGCACAUAUUCUUUUGAAGAGGAUAAGAUUAUUGCCAGUAAUUGGAAAACAUUUUGUAAAUUACAUAACUGGGAUAAAAGAAAGACUAAACCGUUUCUACAAUUAAGAAUUGGCACAUUAACAUACAUGCGUAAUACCACGGAAAGGCGAAAAUUUGUGCAAUUCUUAGCUGAUGGAUUACCAGAUAGAACUUUAUAUAGUGUCUAUCACAGAUUUAGAAAUUUAUAUGAAAAUAAUCUACAACGAAGAUAUAUACCUGAAGAAGAUAAAAUGAUAAUAGAUCAUUUAGAAAACAACCCAUUUCUUGAUGAAAGACGUAAAUAUGUUGAUUUGGCUAAGGUUCUUCGGAGAACGAGAAACUCGAUUUGGCGACGUUAUCAAAUAUUAAAAAAAAGAAAAAGACAGAGUGCUUAAUGUACUGUAUUUAUUUUUAAUAAAAGCAUUAUUUUUUACAAUGGAUCUAAUAAUAUAAUAAAUGAAGAUUUCUGUUAUAAAUAUAUAUAUAUA